AUGUCUUCCAUUCGAGUAUACGACUCUCCUCAGGGCGUGGCCCUUAAUCCGGACUUCCUCAUCGAAGUUCAGUCUAUCAACUCAGGUGAUCCUCAUCAAUGGUCCAAAAUGCCCGCAUAUGCCACUGAUGUGGCUAGUAUCAAUACCAGCGUGAAUGGAUUUGAUCGUCAUUCAAUCGCCGUUGCAUCAUUUGAUUUCAGCGGCCCAGUCAAGAUUAAGGUCACGUAUACCGCAAACCGGGUUGAUACUGCAGCUAUCCGGCCUCGUUCCACCCUAAUCGAGACGCUGUUGGAUGAAAACACAAUUUCCUUCACAUUGGAUCAACCUCGAGACUUGAUGCUCGAGCUUGACGGUGACAAGUGGAAAGCCCUUCAUUUGCUCACGAAUGCGAUCGAUCCUGCGGCGCCGACCGAAGACGGUGAUGAUGUCUGGUAUUUUGGGCCAGGGAUCAAUCAAGGCGCUGCGGCAUCCUGGGUCACCGACGGUGUUAAUCUUAUAGUCCCAUCAGGGAAAACUGUUUAUCUAGCUGGUGGCGCCUUCAUCACGUUCCGCAUAAGCUUCGUCGACGUUUCGAAUAGUACUCUUCGGGGUCAUGGAUUUAUUUUGGGGCCCAAGGGCGGGUACAUUCAACGAGAGCUGGGCGGCGCAAUCCAUAUGAGUCGGGCCUCAAAUAUUCGGGUUGAGGGUGUCACCUCACUCGGUGCGAUGGGGUUCGGCCUCUCUGCAGGUGAAUGCAAAGAUGUCACCGUCGACAGAUACCGAUCGUUCUCGUCCGCAGGUAAUGGGGAUGGAAUCGAUUUCUUCUGCUCGUCAAAUAUCACUAUCGAGAACUGCUUUCUGCGGAGCUCGGAUGAUACAAUUGCUCUCUAUUCACACCGUUGGGACUGGUAUGGCGACUCGAAGAACAUUCUCAUUCAGAAUUGUGUCUUGCUUCCUGAUGUGGCCCAUGCCAUCAAUAUGGGAACACACGGCAAUCCCGAAAAGCCGGAAACUACAAGCAACGUGGCAAUCCGAAAUAUCGAUAUCCUAGAUCACGAGGAAAAUCAGCUGUGGUAUCAGGGAUGCAUAGCAAUCAAUGUCGCAGAUGAGAAUUUGUUCCACGAUAUUCACGUCGAGGAUGUGCGGGUUGAGCGAAUCACACGCGGCCAGCUCGUGAAUAUCCGCGUGAUGCAGAAUUCGAUGUGGACUACGGCUCCGGGGCGAGGCAUUCGAAACGUCACUUUCAAAAAUCUGUUUGUGAACAUUCACAAUUCCAAAGUCGUCAAUCCAUCGAUGAUACUUGGCUAUGAUCAAAGUCGAGGGAUCGAAAAGAUUACAUUCGAGAAUUUGAGAGUCGAUGGGAAGGAGAUCCAUGAAACAAUGGACAAGCCUCGAUGGUAUAUGGUAUCGGAUUUCGUUCCACUGUUUGUCAACGAGCACGUGAAAGACAUCAAGUUCAUAAAAGGGGCAUGA